UUUUAAUUUCAAUUAUUUCUACGUAAUUGACGUCCUUCCUAUCGUCCAAUCGUAACGGUUGUUACAUAUUAGACAAACUCUGCUUGAAGUUAUAACAAAAUGUUCGUAAAUAUCUGAACGGUUAUGUGUUGAUUAAACGAAAUAAACAUGAUCUUCUACAUCCUCCUUAUAUCAACGCUGAUUGGCGCCAACUCAGCUAAAAGAUACCCCGCUCGCAAAUGCGUCUUCUCUUAUGAGGAUGCUUGGACAUAUGGCCGGGUCAAUCCGGGACACCAAUGGAUUUGCUCAGAGGACCAGUAUGCGGAGACAACAUACCCAACGGCAACUAUAGAUGCAUUGCUAACAAAAUAUGCACACUACAAGGCAGAGCUGGAAAUUACGCGCUCCUGUGUGGAUUUUGUUGAUUACAACGCAGACAGUCUAGAAGGGUAUGGAACAUACUACAAUUGGACGAGUAUGUGUAAACUGGUACGAACACCUAUAAAAAUGGUAUGGGCGAAACCAGAUGGAUUACUGACGCCGGAACUUGCGGCCAUCAAUGGAGGAUUCUUACCCUGCUUUGUAUUAGAGGGUCAAUUCCUGUAUAAUGCCGAAUGCGUUCAUCCGUUCUAUGGAACAGACACGUCAUCAAACAGUGGAGUGGCUAGACUUCUGGCUGCCACAACAUGGACGCCAGUGACGAAGAAAUCAUGUUACCAGAGUUAUUUUUACAUACCGGGCUACAUCUGUAAGCCUUCAGGGUUUGUGACCAGACGCGUGUUGGUUUAUUCACCACAUCUGGACUUGAUUUUCAAGACAGAGAUCACUGACAUUCCCACAUCGUGUAUUUGUGCUAAAUGUGAUUGUUAAGGCGCGUGUUUAUGUAUAUAUUAUAUAUACAAAUACUUUGGAACAAAUAUGGAUGCAAAGGUCUUUAUUUGUGUUUAAAAAAUGUAAGUUGCUGCUUUGGAGAAAAACUAUUUCACAAAUACUUGUCUCCGUAUAACUAAAUACUACUUGUAAAUCAUAUUGACCAUGAUCUUGUCUCAAUGGACGUGUCACGUACGACCACUAUUUCUGAUAAUUUCGAAAGCUUUUAUAAGAUGGCCAUGGUUCCUUUGAAAUUGCGAAUAAACAUUUCAAUAAAAUAAUUAUGUUACGUUGACGUACUUUCUAACUAAAACUCUUCUCUAUGUUACGAUAUUUUGUCGGACGUCUGUUGACACGGUGCGUCCAGUGUGUAUGUACGCAUAUGUGCAAAUGACAAACAAUUAUAACAUUGUACAAUGUAAACAUAAACAUGAAUACAAUCUGGGCUGGUAUUCAAUAUUGAGCCUAAUUGGCUCUAAGAACGAUGUAGCUAAUCGGAUCGCGUGGAGAAGAUAACGGACAUAUACAGUGAAUAAAGUCACUGAUGCAUGACCAUAAGAUUGAAUUAAAUAGCACAUUGAAUACAACCCCAAGACAACAUUUUAUUAAAGAUAACCCGGCGCUUAAAAAUCUGGCUUGGGAAGAAGUGCUAACUAUAUGUAUUGUUUCGAUAAUUAAAGCGUGUAAAUGGUGUAGUUUGUAUGAAUAAACAAGAGCUGUGAAAAGACUGCGCACUCUUAAAACAAG